AUGCAACAACGCAAAGAUGAACUCGUUGCAAAGCAGGCGAAGCUUGCCGAGCUGAAACGGCAGAGACAACUGCGUGCCCAGCAAUCGAAUGCGGGUCGCGGAAGCAUCGAGGGCGCGGUCGACCUCAAUCUCGGCACCGAUCGGCGCGCUCUCGAGAGUCUGAUCAACGACAUCCUUGGCGAGAAGGCAUCCGGAUCAUCGACUGGGGGAGCUGGCUCGCCAGCAGGUCGGGGCAGCAGACCCAGCAGCGUGCUCAGUGCUGGCGAGCUCAGCAACGCCUACUCAGAAGGCACUCUGGUACCGGGAACGCCAGGUCCAUCGACACCGGCAUCCGUACCGACGCCAGCGCCGGCGCCGGCGCCGGCGCAGCCUCCGCCCACCCUGACGACUGUCGCCCUAACGACCGUAUACGAAUGCCCGCCGUCGCCUGUGAAGGAGGUGUUCACCUACAGCAAGGGUGUCCAGACCACCGAGGAAUGGAUGGGUCCCGAUCGGCCAAGGGCGCACUCGGGCGUGUCGGACAUAGAUGACAUCCCUGGUACCACCACUACCCCUAACAAGCGGCUCAGCAGGCGGGAGCGUGACCGGGAGGAAGAGCUGCGUCAGAAGAUCAAAGAGGAGAUUGAGGAAGAGCUCAGGGCGGCCAAGGAGUACAUCACAGAAGGCACGGUGGGCGCACCAUCGACCUCGGCGAAUUUCCCUUCCCGAGAUCUCACGCAGGAGGAGCUGUCGGCUGUGGUACAAUCGGACGACUUUUACGACUUUCUCGAGCAAUCGACAAAGGUCAUUGAGCGCGCCUUUGACCAGGACACAUAUGACAUCCUCACGGACUACGCACUGCACGGGCAAGAUGUGGAGGAGGACGAUGACGAGACGGGUAACACUGGCGGGAGAGGCAAGCACAGGGUGAAAGAGGUCGCGCAGUUCUUCGACGAGCGUUGGUCUAAGAUGCGGAUGGUCAGCGGAAUCGACUUCUCGCCCAAGUUCAGCGAGCUACUCCUGGCAUCCUACACCAAGAACCCGACGGCCCCCCACGAGCCGGACGGCCUGGUACAGGUGUGGAACAUGCACAUGCAAGACAGGCCCGAGUACGUCUUCACCGCGCAGUCGGACAUUCUCACCGCCAAGUUCUCGCCAUAUCACCCGAACCUGAUCUUCGGUGGUUCAUACAGCGGGCAGGUCUUGCUGUGGGAUACGAGAGCCAAGGCUGCCCCUGUGCAGAAGACGCCUCUGACCGGCAACGGACACGCGCAUCCCAUCUAUGCGGUGGAUAUCGUGGGCACGCAAAACGCCAACAACAUCAUCUCGUGCUCCACAGACGGUGUGGUCUGCGGCUGGAGCAUGGACGUGUUUGCCCAGCCUCAGGAGGUUCUCGAGCUGAAGAAUCCCAGCCAGGCCAAGGUUGCCGUCGAGGACGUCAGCCCGACCUGCAUCUCCUUCCCCCAGACGGACCCUACAUUCUUCCUCAGUGGGAGCGAGGAGGGCACCAUCUUCCCCUGCCACCGGUACGAUCGUGCUGGCGCCAAGGCAGGCGUCGACAGGAAGAUUGCGUACAAGGGCCACACGGCGCCCGUCAUGUCGGUGGACUUUCACCCCGCCAAAGGACCCGUGGACCUCGGUGAUCUGGUCCUCUCCUCGUCACUGGACUGGAGCGCCAAGCUCUGGAAGGUACGUGCCCCCGCCGCGACGUCGACGGGGACAGGCGACGGCACCGUUUCGCCCCUGAUGGACUUUGUACGCGAGGACGUGGUGUACGACGCACGCUGGUCGCCCGUCAAGCCGAGCGUCUUUGCCCUGGUGGACGGCGCCGGGUGGCUGGAGCUGUGGGACAUUGCGGUCGAGACCGAGGAGCCGGUGGCCCGGAUCCUCCCAACGACCCGCCAAGAGGGCCGGACGAGGAGCUUGAACAAGGUGGCCUGGGAGCAGAAUGACGGCAAGCGACUGGCCACGGGCGGCAUCGAUGGGUGCGUGACCGUGUUUGAUGUGGCGAGCGGGCUCGGUGGCAAGGAGGGACUCAAGCAUGAGGACUGGACAAACGUGAAGAAGUUAGUGAACCGGGUGGAUGCCCACGGCCUCAACGGAGCCAUGGUUGUGUAG